AGAUGGUGUGCGACGUGGUGAGUCGGAUGGAAGACACCGAGCCCUUCUCUGCAGAACUGCUCUCUGCCAUGAUGCGACUCUGGGGCGACUCAGGGAUCCAGGAGUGCUUCAACCGGUCUCGGGAAUAUCAGCUCAAUGAUUCUGCCAAAUACUACUUGGACAGCCUGGACCGGAUUGGGGCCGCCGACUACCAGCCCACCGAGCAGGACAUCCUCCGAACCAGGGUCAAAACCACUGGCAUCGUGGAGACCCACUUCACAUUCAAGAACCUGCACUUCAGGCUGUUUGACGUCGGGGGCCAGCGGUCUGAACGCAAGAAGUGGAUCCACUGCUUUGAGGACGUCACGGCCAUCAUCUUCUGCGUCGCGCUCAGCGGCUACGACCAGGUGCUCCACGAAGAUGAAACCACGAACCGCAUGCACGAGUCUCUUAUGCUCUUCGACUCCAUCUGCAACAACAAGUUCUUCAUCGAUACCUCCAUCAUUCUCUUCCUCAACAAGAAAGAUCUCUUUGGAGAGAAGAUUAAGAAGUCACCUUUGACCAUCUGCUUUCCUGAGUACACAGGCCCCAAUACCUAUGAAGAUGCAGCUGCCUACAUCCAAGCACAAUUUGAAAGCAAAAACCGCUCACCCAACAAGGAAAUCUACUGUCACAUGACUUGUGCCACAGACACGAAUAACAUCCAGGUUGUAUUCGACGCCGUCACCGACAUCAUCAUUGCCAACAACCUCCGGGGCUGCGGCUUGUACUGACCUCUUGUCCUGUAUAGCAACCUAUUUGACUGCUUCCCGGACUCUGUGCUGUUGACGUUGAUCUCCUGGUAGCAUGACCUUUUGGCCUUUGUAAGACACACAGCCUUUCUGUAUCAAGCCCCCGUCUCACCCCGGCCCCAGAGUGACUGACGGCUGUGUAUUUCUGUAGAAUGCUGUAGAAUCCGGUUUUAGUUGAGUCUUUACAUUUAGAAUUUGAAAGGAAAAAACAAACAAAAGUAACACUUCUCAUGUGCUUUGUAGCAUAAAAAAGGAAAAGAAAAACGUUACCAUUUCAUGCAUUUUUCCUUUUCUUCCUUUUAAAAUCCACAUGCGCAUCUGCACCCACACCUGCCCCCCAUUCCCAGGUCAAGGCAGGGCCCACAGUGCACCUGCAGAGUGGUCCCUGGGGCCGGCCAGGUUCAGGCCACAGGCCUCCUCGCUGCCUGGCAGGAAUCUGACCUGGCUCCAGGCUGGCGGCUCCAGCCCCACGCUUCCUGCAGGUUUGUAGAGAAAAAGCACAGCUCUCACUGGCCAGUAGCUGCCAAAAAAAAUCCCACGUGAAGGGCAGCCCUCCACCCCAGCCUUCCCCAUGCCCCCUCUACAAACGCCCUUAGCGACUUUGUUCCCAUGUUUCUGUCCUGCUGAGCACCGUGCCCCAC